GCCCCGCCCUCACCCCCCACACUCGAAGAGAAAAGGCUUCCUUCGGCUCUCAGUCACUCGCUCACACACCAAUGGCGAUGGCUUCCGUUGCAGCAUUCUCACUCCUCCUCCUCCUCCUUCUCUCUCUCUCCUCCCUUUCCUUCUCUCUAAAUCUCCACCGUCCAAUCCCAUCAUCAUCCGACGGUCACCAGAUCCUCUCCCUCUCCUUCACCUCCUUGUCCUUCGCAGAUCUCGACCUUCCAUCUUCCUCCUCCUCCGCCGCCGCCGCCGACGUCCACGAUCUUCUCCCGUCGUACGGAUUUCCGAGAGGUAUUCUCCCUUCCAAUGUGAAGUCUUUCUCUCUCUCUAACGACGGCGACUUCACCGUCAAGCUUCAUUCCGAUUGCUACGUCAGAUUCGGCGACGAGCUCGUCUUCUACGACAAGAAAAUCUCCGGGAAGCUCAGCUAUGGAUCCGUGAAGGACGUCGAAGGAAUCCAGGCGAAGAAGCUCUUCGUUUGGGUGCCCGUUACGGCCAUGGAGUCGGAUCAGCAUUCGGGCAUGAUAGUGUUCUCCGUCGGGUUCUUGUCGGAGAAGCUGCCGGCGAAGCUGUUCGAGGAUGUUCCGUCUUGUAUGAACAAAUCAGCUCUCGAGCACGAAUCUGGGUUGGUUCAAUCCGUUCCCGAUUCAGGUUCUGUUGCUUCAAUGUAAUGAACCGACUUAACUCACGAAUAAAGAUUUAUCCUUUGCUUCCA